AUGCCCUCUGCAGAAGUCAGAGAAGAGACCGAGGAGGCCAGCUCAACUGACUCUCCAGAACAGCUGAACAUGAAUGAAGAGAGAGAAGAGUUCCCCGGUUCUCCACCUCAGCUGAGGAGCGUAAAAGAGGACAGCGAGGAGAUCCUGCGUUCUCUCUACAGUCUGAGGAGCGUAUCUGUAGUGCUGGUGGACUGCUGUAGACCACAAGGACGGCAGGAGAACAAUGAAGAGAACCGCAGAGAUGCCGAGGCGACCAAGAGAUCUGGGCAUCAGUUACACUGCAGUUCCAGUGGAGAGGAGUUUCGUGGAGAAACACAUUCUACUGCCCUGACUACAGAGAGGCCGUACGUCUGCAGUCAGUGUGGCAAGAGCUUUAAGAGAAAAGUUGAGCUCCAACGCCAUCAGCGUGUUCACACAGGGGAGAAACCAUUUUCAUGCACUGACUGUGGAAAGAGCUUCUCACAGUUUGCCAACCUCUACACACAUCGUCGCAUUCACACUGGAGAGAAGCCGCACGCUUGCAGUCAGUGUGCCAAGAGCUUUAAGGCAAAAUAUGAUCUCCAAAACCACCAGCGUGUUCACACAGGGGAGAAACCAUUUUCAUGCACAGACUGUGGAAAGAGUUUCUCAACGUCUUCUGCACUUCACAUACAUCGCCGCAUUCACACUGGAGAGAAGCCAUAUGCUUGCAGUCAGUGUGACAAGAGCUUUAAGACAAAACAGGAGCUCCAACGCCAUCAGCGUGUUCAUACAGGGGAGAAACCAUUUUCAUGCACAGACUGUGGAAAGAGUUUCUCACACUCUUCUAACCUCCACACACAUCGCCACCGUGUUCACACAGGGGAGAAACCAUUUUCAUGCACAGACUGUGGAAAGAGUUUCUCAAUGUCUUCUGCACUUCACAUACAUCGCCGCAUUCACACUGGAGAGAAGCCAUAUGCUUGCAGUCAGUGUGACAAGAGCUUUAAGACAAAACAGGAGCUCCAACGCCAUCAGCGUGUUCAUACAGGAGAGAAACCAUUUUCAUGCACAGACUGUGGAAAGAGUUUCUCACAGUCUUCUAACCUCCACACACAUCGCCACGUUCACACUGGAGAGAGGCCGUACGCUUGUAGUCAGUGUGGCAAGAACUUUCAGACAAAAGCAAUGCUCCAAAACCACCAGCGAAUUCACACAGGGCAGAAACCAUUUUCAUGUUUAGACUGUGGAAAGAGUUUCUCACAGUCUUCUUCCCUUCUCAUACAUCGUCGCAUUCACACUGGAGAGAGGUCGUACGGUUGUAGUCAGUGUGACAAGAGCUUUAAGACAAACUCAGAGCUCCAAAGUCACCAGCGUGUUCACACGGGGGAGAAACCAUUUACAUGCACCGACUGUGGAAAGAGUUUCUCACACUCUUCUCACCUCCACACACAUCAUCACAUUCACACUGGAGAGAGGCCCUACGCUUGCAGUCAGUGUGGCAAGAGCUUUACUACAACAGGAAACCUCAAAAGACAUCAUCGCACUCACACUGGACAAAGGCCGCACCAUUGCAGUCAGUGUGACAAGACCUUCAAGACUAAAGGAGCUCUACAAAUGCACCAGCGUGUUCACACAGGGGAGAAACCAUUUUGAUGCACAGACUGUGGAAAGAAUUACUCGCAGAUCCAGGUGCUGGUGAAGUGCAGUCAUCAGUAA